UCUCCUCGCUCAUUCGUAGAUAAUAUGAUUUACCAAAUCACAACUCUUCUUGUAGUGUUGGCUGUUACAUUUGCCAAUCCUUCAAAUUACGGACCAGCCUAUGCUGCUGUCCCUCUACCAUAUGGCUUCAACUACGCAGUGAACGACGCUUACAAAGGAACCAACUUCGGCCAGACUGAGAAGUCCGACGGGAACAGCGUGUGGGGAUCCUACACCGUCGCCCUCCCCGACGGUCGUAAGCAAACUGUCGACUACACAGCUGACCACGGCAGGGGAUUCGUGGCCAAGGUCAGCUAUUCCGGCAAGGCUCAGCACCCCAAAGUUUCCGGUCCUGCCGUCGUAUUCCCUCAAAAUGGAGGCGGAUACCAUUAAUAUGAACUUGGCUUUCUGCUACCUUUGUCCAUGACGUAUGAAUAAGUAAAAUGUAAAUAUCCAACCACAUGCAUUUCCUUUCUUGCUUCCGACUUAAAUACUUACAUGUAGAAAAUCAUACGGUAGGAAUCGUUACAACAUAAAUCAGACCUCAGAUUUGAAUUGUCCAAGGUUACACAAACAUCACUGAAACCUUAAGCAAACGUAAUAAGAAAACAGAUUUCAAAAAUACAUGACUUACCUCCCUCCAUCAAUUUCAU